AAUCAAGCAAAAAAAAAAGGUUCUUAGUUUACUAUGCAUUGUUUUCACAUUGACAUGUGUAUAGCUUAGGAAGCAAAGAGACAGGGCUAGAAAGAGAUAUUCUUGCAUUACUUUAGUCGGUUUUGUUUUUGAUUUUGUGAGAAGGCGAAGUAUACGUAAUAGAUAGUUAAGGGAGAUGGAGAGUGAAACACAGCAGUCAAAAUUUAGGAGGAUUUGUGUUUUUUGUGGAAGUAGCCAAGGCAAGAAGAGUAGCUAUCAGGAUGCUGCUAUAGAGCUUGGGAGAGAAUUGGUCUCAAGGAACAUUGAUCUGGUCUAUGGAGGAGGUAGCAUAGGUUUGAUGGGUUUGGUUUCACACGCUGUUCAUGAUGGUGGUCGCCAUGUCAUUGGAGUUAUUCCCAAGACGCUCAUGCCUCGAGAGUUAACUGGUGAAACAGUAGGGGAAGUGAAGGCUGUUGCUGAUAUGCAUCAAAGGAAGGCAGAGAUGGCCAAGCAUUCAGAUGCUUUUAUUGCCUUACCAGGUGGUUAUGGAACUCUUGAAGAACUGCUUGAAGUGAUUACCUGGGCUCAGCUUGGAAUACAUGAUAAACCUGUUGGCUUGCUGAAUGUCGAUGGAUACUAUAAUUCAUUGCUUUCUUUUAUGGAUAAAGCUGUGGAAGAAGGAUUUAUUAGUCCAAGUGCACGCCAAAUCAUUGUAUCUGCACCCACAGCAAAAGAGUUAGUAAAGAAUUUGGAGGAUUAUGUCCCCUGCCAUGAAAGAGUUGCUUCAAAGUUGAGUUGGGAGAUGGAGCAGCUUGGCUACUCGAAAGCAUAUGAUAUAUCUAGGUAAGCUUGGAGUGCAUGAAGGAGAAGGUAGAUGGAAUUUGGAAUGCUCUAAUUGAAAAAGACUCAAAAUUUCCUUCAAUGGAGGAAUUCUUUUUGUAAAUUACUACUAUUGACAUUGAUAUAUGAACUUCAACUUCAACCUUCUCUUUUAAUGGAUAAUUGAUUCUCUUUUACAUUGUAAGUACACUAAAUGCUCAUGAACUGUGCCUUUUAUAAUAUUAACUAAUCUGUAUUAUGACUGGCUUUCCUGUGCCUGAUCAAUCAUUUUUAUCAAUUUCUUCUUCCUUGUCUUUGGGAGAUUGAUAGAGAGGGUAAGAAAAGCAAGAAAAGCAGGUCUGCAAGUCAUCAUUUUUGGAGAUAUAAUAAUAUAGUUUUAG